CAGUAGCCUUUGAAUUCCAUACAAAAAGAAUAUUAGCAUUUGGCGUUGAUCAUAAAAUUCUUAAUAAGGUUCAUAAAUUUCCCUAUCCUAUCCAAAAAAUGGUCGUUGAUGAAAUUUUUGCU